AUGACCAGUACUACAAUUAACGGACAAAUGGAAUACGCACGGCUGGGGGAUUCGGGCCUCAAGGUCUCAAAGGUGAUACUAGGUGCCAUGGGGUACGGCGCUCCAGAAUGGCAGGGCUGGGUGCUGAAUGAAGAAGAAUCUCUUCCACUUAUUGAACACGCCUACAAGAAAGGCAUCAGGACCUGGGAUACUGCCGAUAUGUACUCCUACGGUAGAUCCGAAGAAAUCGUGGGAAAGGCAUUGAAGAAAUACAACAUCCCCCGUUCUCGAGUGGUAAUUUUGACCAAAUGUUUCUUUGGUGUGGACGAUCAGGGGAACUUCCCACCCCCUCUCUCGACCGGGAGACAGAAUGAGGGUGAAUUCUUGAACCGCGUCGGUCUUUCUCGCAGACACAUCUUAGAGGCUGUUGAUGCCAGUGUAGAGCGACUGGGAACCUAUAUUGACGUGCUUCAAAUCCACCGACUUGAUCGUGAUGUACCACGCGAGGAGAUCAUGAGGGCGCUGAAUGACGUAGUUGAAAGCGGCAAGGUUCGAUACAUCGGCGCUAGUUCGAUGGCCGCUUGGGAAUUCCAAGCCCUACAAAACAUUGCCAUUCGCAAUGGCUGGCACAAAUUUAUCUCCAUGCAGAACUACCACAAUCUUAUUGCCCGUGAAGAGGAACGUGAAAUGAUCCCAUACUGCCUUGACAGCGGCGUAUCUCUUAUCCCUUGGUCUCCUAUCGCACGUGGAGCCCUCGCCAGACCUUGGGCUUCUCGCUCUACCUUGCGCGAAAACACCGAUGUCGGACUAAGUAUUUUCGUUCGUGCCCGCGAGUCCGAGUCCGACAAAGCUAUUAUUGACCGUGUGGAAGAAUUGGCUGGCAAGAAGGGAAUCAGCAUGGCACAAGUUGCAAUCGCAUGGUCACUGAGUCACCCCAGCGAGUACCCUAUCGUCGGGCUGAACACUAAGGAUCGCAUCGAUGAGGCUGUUGCGAGUGUCCAGAUCAAGCUGACGCCGGAAGAGAUUCAGUACCUUGAAGAACCAUAUGUCCCUAAGGCUAUCCAUCCAGGGGAAAGAUAA